GGACGAAUCGAUUAGGUUUUAUUCAUCCUCCCAGUCGAAGCUCGAUCCGCUUCUCGCCCUCGCCAUCUUCGUUGCACUUGCUCUCUCGUCUCACUACCACCAUGUCGGGAAGAAAGAAGACUAGGGAGCCCAAGGAGGAGAAUGUGACGCUUGGGCCAACUGUACGGGAAGGGGAGCAAGUGUUCGGUGUUGCCCACAUCUUUGCUUCUUUUAAUGAUACUUUCAUUCAUGUUACAGAUUUGUCUGGGAGGGAAACACUUGUUCGUAUUACAAGUGUUAACUUAAUCUAUAUUUCUUUUUUCUCACUUUGCAUAUGAUUGUGAAUUCUUUGCUUCAGUUGACACUAGCAAGCUAUCUAAGCAAGAUGAACUUGUUUGAUGGUAAUAAAAUAGGCUUUUUAGUGGUUGUGUUAAUGCUAUUAGACUUGAUUUUGGUUGGAACAAGUUGCCUGUUUACGUAUUAUAUUGUUAUUACUCCAUUUGUACAUGGUUGAGCUCAACAAUUUGGUCAAUGAUUAUGCUCUUGUUCUCCAGUUUCUGAAGCACGGCCCUUAAGAUCGCCUUCCUUUUACGGUUGUACCUUGUGGAAGCGUUUUGAGUCAUAGCCAUGCAAUAUGAAUUUUUUGGUUCCAGAGAGUUUUUCUUUGAGAUCUUUCCAUGUUUCAUUGAGUCUUUGGCCCUUCUGAUGUGGCAUUUGAUUAUCCAUAAAUAUGUGCAUUAUAGAUGUGCUGCACUUUGAUGUUGUUCAUCUGUUUUUUGCUCAGUGGAUACCUGUUGCCAACUCUCUUGUGAAGUGUGCCUAGUUUAUGGAUGAGGGACACAUUCAUAUUCAUUCUUUUUUAUGGUAUCUAAACUAAAACCUAAAGUGAUCUGAAAAGGUUUGUUGAUUUAUCUUCAAAAUUAUCAAUCUGAUGGUGCUUUGAAUUUGAUGUUUAUUUUUCUUAAGUGAUUCAUUUUAUUUUUCUUAAGCUGCAUGAACAUGUUUGAUGGUCAUAAAAUGGGCUUUUUAGUAGUUGUGCUUAAUGCUAUUAGACAUGAUUUUGGUUGGAACAAGUUGCCUCUUUAUGUAUUAUAUUGUUAUUACUCUAUUUGUGCAUGGUUGAGCUCAACAAUUUGGUCAAUGAUUAUUGCUCUUGUUCUCCAGUUUCUGAAGCACGGCCCUUAAGAUCGCCUUCCUUGUACAGUUGUACCUUGUGGAAGCGUUUCGAGUCAUAGCCAUGCAAUAUGAAUAUUUUGGUUUCAGAGAGUUUUUCUUUGAGAGCUUUCCUUGUUUGAUUGAAUCUUAGGCCCUUCUGAUGUGGCAUUGGAUUAUCCAUAAAUAUGUGCAUUAUAGAUGUGCUACAUCUUUUAUGCAGUUCAUCUAUUUUUUGUUCAAUGGAUACCUCUUGCCAACUUUCUUGUGAAGGUGCUUAGUUUAUGGAUGAGGAGCACAUUCAUAUUCAUUCCUUUUUUAUGCUAUUUAAACUAAAACCUAAACUCAUAUGAAAAAGUUUUGUUGAUUUAUCUUCAAAAUUAUCAAUCUGAUGGUGCUUGGAAUUUGAUGUUCAUUUUCUCAAGUGGUCCAUUUUAUGAAAUCCAACUGUCCAAGAAUAUUUAUGCACAUCUUUUUUGAGUUUUCUAUGAAGCUUGAGGAGUACUUAAAAGCUAAGCCUACUCCCUUAGUUAAGUUUUUAGUAUACUUUUGAUAACCACUCUCUUCUAGAAGAAUUACUGAAUCAUGAAAUAACAAGGUUGAGAUAGAUUCCUCUCUUUUUUGUUUCCAGAACAGAGUAGAAGCAAUUAAUUUGAAGGACUAUUAAUGCAACAUUUUUCUGAGUAUUGAAUAAUUGUGGUGCAUGCUUGAAUGAAUAAAUCAUCAUCUCAUGCAAUCUUGGAAGCUUCAUUUUAUCUACAUGAGAUGUAAAAUUUGUCCUUUAUUUGGUCUCUUUCCUUACUUUUGUUCUCAUUCACACAAGCUUACUUCUUACUCUUGCCUGUUCUAUUAUCUUAUUUGAUAAAUGAGUUUGGACUUGAAAAGUUUUUGCUGUUUUAGGUGGAAUGAAAGUCAAGGCUGACAGGGAUGAAUCAUCUCCAUACGCAGCUAUGCUUGCAGCCCAAGAUGUUGCCCAGCGAUGCAAAGAACUUGGUAUUACUGCUUUGCAUAUUAAGCUAAGAGCCACUGGCGGGAAUAAAACAAAAACACCUGGUCCUGGUGCUCAAUCUGCUCUAAGGGCACUUGCUCGAGCUGGCAUGAAAAUUGGGCGUAUCGAGGAUGUAACUCCCAUACCCACAGACAGCACUCGCAGAAAGGGUGGAAGGAGAGGAAGGAGGCUCUAAUUCUUCAAGUUCUCUUCAAUUUCUUUUUCUCAGUAUCGAAAUGUUUCAACCCAACUGUGUUACUUGUAAAUUUUGAACAGUCGAGUGACUUUUCACUCGUUCGAUUCGAUUAUCUGUAAGGUGCUAUGGCCUGGUUGUGAUACGAUGAUGGAUGUUACAUCAAAUUCCUUUGGUUCAA